AUGGGCCUAAAAACCAUUCUGCCGAUAUUCUGGUCAAUCGGUUUGGUGAUCGGAAUUCAAGUCUGCCCGCAGUCGGCUUGCCCAAGUGGCGGUAAUGGCGCCUGGACCGAGUGGAAGAUCGUAUCCACCUGUACUGCUACUUGUGGAAUGAAUGGGCUUCGUGUCGAGACGCGCGAAUGCGUUUCUGAGAAGUUCGGAUGUCCAUGCAACGGCGCCAAAUCCCGUACCGUCGCCUGCCCUGACGCAAUGUGCACUUUUCCCAACGUCACUUGCGGUGAUGGAUUUGUGAAGAAAUUAAACACGACGAGCAGGGUCUACACUUGCCAGUCGCCCAACACCACUGUGCAAGACAUCGCCAACCCGAACUUUAGUUGCAACAUGACCGAAACCAUCGAUUGUCCGAGAGUUCCGGCAGCUGGAAUUUGGUCCGGAUGGACAAACGUGGCAGGAGCGUCGUGCACGGAGACUUGCGGAAGAAAGGGCACAAUCCCACAGAUACGCACUUGCUUGACGUCUGUGAUCAAACCAUGCACUGGCAAUGCUACUAGAACGGCAAGAUGUCCGCAACAACCUUGUCCGGAUGGGAGUUGUGUCUUGAAUCAACCCACGGUGAAGUUCAUGGUUGGCGGAGAACAAUUGGUGCGUUGUGGAUAUGAGGUGCCGGAAGAAGAGACCCCAUGCUUUCCAGCUGGAUGUAACAUUGCUACAACUACAACGACGACUACGACGACUACGACGACUACGACGACUACGACGGCAACAACUACGACAACCACACCGCCUUGCUCGGAUGGCUGGACCUUGACUCAUUUCUCCAAGUACACCAAAUCCUGCUGGAAGCUACUUGACAAACUGUAUACAUUCGCUGAGGCAAAGGCCGAGUGUGAAAGUAUCAACGCUCACCUGCCGAUAAUACCCGGGGAGUAUGAUACCUAUGAUUACUACGCCUAUUUCUGGGAUGCUUUGCCGGCCGGAACAUGGUACAUUGCAAGCCAAGGACUCAUGGACCAAUUUAGCUGGCUGGGAGCCAGCAGGACGGGUGAUGGGGAUCUUGGGUUUUCGUGGGUCGAUGGCACGCCGCUGAGUUAUUGGUACGACGUCACGACGGAAAAUGGGACCGACGAUUGCAUGGCGCUAUAUGGCGCAACGGUGGCGUCGGCGGUCAAUGAGGACGAAAAUAAGGAUAUUCUAGAAUUCGCGAUCAUGUCCCAGGUGAAGAAGAACGAGGCAUUCUUUUUGGGAGCUAAAAAGGCAAGGGAGCCGACCGACGAACAUCAGGGCAAAGAUGAGGAUUGCAUUGAGAUGUACGUUCGUUACUGGAAAUUUGAUCGAACGAAGAGCCUGGAUCAAAACAUGGCCGCGACGGGGGCGGGGAAAUGGAAUGAUCUGAAGUGCGACUGGAGCCCCAGUGUGACGGCUUGUCGCAAGGACCAGGCACCCGCUCUACAAGCGCCAAGCAAGGAACCGUUAGAGGAGCUCCCCACCAAAAAGACCACGGUGACCACUAGCACCAUCAAAACGACUACCACUACCACUACAACUACGACUACGACAACUACCACAACUGGACCGUGCGGCGCUGGGUGGACGGUCGGUCCGAAUGGGUGUUACAAAUAUGUCCCGAAUGCUACGAUAUUCGCCUGGCACGAGGCGAACUGCGUGGCAAUGGGCGGUCACCUGACGUCCAUCCGCGAUGCUGCCGAGAAUCAAUUUGUCUUCGAACUUGCCGUCAAGUCACGGCGCGAAAAC